GAUAGUACAUACCAUUUUAUCGAAAUAAUGACGAAAAGAAACCUGAUAACAAUCCUACUGCAAAUAAAUAUUUACCUCAUGACCACGGGAGUAUGGUCACACCAACGGACCCUCGGAAGAUUCCAUGAGGUCUUCGCUUGGAAGCAAUUAACAUUUGAUAUAGACGGCUAUUUGUUGUCACAAGACAGCUUUGUUGAUGAUAUUCCAGUUGAGAGAACGAAGAGGCGUUCAUCUGACGCUGUUUUCUUCGACUCUGAUCAGAAAUCUUCGCCUUGGUUUAACUUCAAUGAACCUACAACCACAGAGAGACCCGCUGAUGAAGCUGGAAGGUUCUUCAUACAAUACAACAAUGUACCGAUGGGAAUGGAAAGAGUCGGCGACAUAUUGUUUGUGUCCCUUCCGAGGAGACGUUAUGGUAUACCUGCGACACUCAACUACAUUGACCUUAAAAGGGAUACGAACAUUCGCUCCCCACCUCUUCGACCUUACCCUAAUAUGAGACAGUCUAGGAGCCUCACAUCCGUUUAUAGGACUCGAGCUGAUGAAUGCGGUAGACUUUGGAUGGUGGAUACUGGUCUACUUGAAAUACCUGGGGCUCCUCGCCAGGUUCAAGCGCCGGCCAUUGUAAUCUAUGAUCUUGCGACAAACCAACAAAUCAUGAGGUAUCCGCUCAAGAGCUCCGACCUCAUAAAUGCCAACACCCCUGCAGGUCUGGCCUCAAUAACGGUAGACAUCGUCGGUGACUGUAGGAAUGCAUACGCUUAUGUCACAGACCUCGCAACCUACGGUCUCAUUGUAUAUUCUUUGCGAGAGAACGACAGCUGGCGUCUCUCUCACAACUACUUCUAUCUCACUCCUACCGUCGGGAACUUGAGGAUAGCUGGUCAAUAUUUCCAAUGGAGCGAUGGAAUAUUCAGUAUUACCCUGACCGAGCCGGGACGUGACGGCUGCAGAGUUGCUUACUUCCAUCCUCUGAUCAGCUUUGAAGAGUUCUCCGUAUCCACGUGCGUACUGCGAAAUAGAACCGCCAGCCAGGAUAGCACAUUCUUUUCUAUGUUCUCGAAAGUAGGUGACCGUGGGGAGAACAGCCAGUGCACCAAGCAUGAUUACCACGCGGGCUCACGGGUGGUGUUCUUCGCGGAGGUCGGCAGGGAUGCUGUGUCUUGCUGGCACACUGGAAGAGCGCUCACACCAAGCAACAUCGCCAUACUGGCUCAGGAUCGACAGAGGAUGAGCUACCCUUCAGAUCUUCAUGUAACUGGUGACGAAGUUUGGGUGAUAGCGAACACCCUGCCAAGGUUUGGAUACUCGAGGCUCGAUACCAAUGAGUACAACUUCUACAUCUACAAAGGGAAUGUAAGGGACCUGAUCGCCGGCACAGUUUGCGACAAUGACUUCCAACGUUUCCCGCGAUAUUAA